GCACUGAAGGUGCCCUCCUACCUGAACUACCGCUUCCUGGGGGAGAAGGACUGCGGGGCGCCCUGCGAACCCGGCCGCCUCUACGGGCUCAUGUACUUCGGGCCCGAGGAGCUGCGCUUCUCCCGCACCUGGAUCGGCAUCUGGUCGGUGCUCUGCUGUGCCUCCACCCUCUUCACCGUCCUUACCUACCUGGUGGACAUGAAGCGCUUCAGCUACCCCGAGCGGCCCAUCAUCUUUCUCUCGGGCUGCUACACAGCCGUGGCCGUGGCCUACAUCGCCGGCUUCCUCCUGGAGGAGAAGGUGGUCUGCAACGAGCGCUUCGCCGAGGACGGCUCCCGCACCGUGGCGCAGGGCACGAAGCGUGAGGGGUGCACCAUCCUCUUCAUGAUGCUCUACUUCUUCGGCAUGGCAAGCUCCAUCUGGUGGGGCAUCCUCUCCCUCACCUGGUUCCUGGCCGCCGGCAUGAAGUGGGGCCACGAGGCCAUCGAGGCCAACUCCCAGUACUUCCACCUGGCCGCCUGGGCCGUGCCAGCCAUCAAGACCAUCACCAUCCUGGCUCUGGGGCAAGUGGACGGGGAUGUCCUCAGUGGUGUCUGCUUUGUGGGCAUCAACAACGUCGAUGCCCUGCGGGGUUUUGUGCUGGCCCCCUUGUUUGUCUACCUGUUCAUUGGCACCUCCUUCCUGCUGGCCGGCUUCGUGUCCCUCUUCAGGAUCCGGACCAUCAUGAAGCAUGACGGUACCAAGACAGAAAAGCUGGAGAAGCUCAUGGUGAGGAUAGGCAUCUUCAGUGUCCUCUACACGGUGCCAGCCACCAUCGUCAUUGCCUGCUAUUUUUAUGAGCAAGCUUUUAGGGAACAGUGGGAGAGGAGCUGGGUCACACAGAGCUGUAAGAGCUACGCCAUCCCUUGCCCCAACAACCACAGCAGCCACCACCCACCCAUGAGCCCCGACUUCACCGUCUUCAUGAUCAAGUAUCUCAUGACCUUAAUCGUGGGCAUCACCUCGGGCUUCUGGAUCUGGUCUGGGAAAACCCUGAACUCCUGGAGGAAGUUUUACACCAGGCUCACCAACAGCAAGCAGGGCGAGACCACCGUCUGAGAUCCUCUCCAUGACCGG